AUGUCAGAGCCAUCGUCGUCCAAGGUCAAGGCAGACUCGCUGCUUCCACCUGCCAAGUCUACCACUGCAGCUACAGCAGCAAGGUCUGCUAACGGAUCGACCAACACUGGCGCAUCGCAAUUAACAAAGCACGGCAUCGAGCUUCCUUCGCAAGAAGAUGCGGAACGACUCGGAUUCAACGUCUUCUCCCACAUUCUCGAUCCACGCCUGCUGCGUGCGCUCGCAGAUUUAGGAUAUGGUAUCCCAACUCCGAUUCAACAGAAAGCGAUUCCACUGGCUCUUGCAGGCAAGGACAUUCUCGCCAGAGCACGCACAGGAUCGGGCAAGACGCUUGCCUAUGGUCUACCUCUGCUCCAAAAGGUGCUCGAUGCAAAGAGCGCCGUGGCCAAGUCAGAUGCCAACCACCAGCUCACCCGUGCGUUGGUGCUGGUGCCAACUCGUGAGCUCGCAGAGCAAGUGUUUCGACAUCUCUCUGUGGUUAUCGAGUACGUCCGUGAUGACAUUCGACUCGUCAAUGUCGCCAGAGAGGCGUCCGAGAAAGUGCAGCGUCUUUUGCUUAGCGAAAAACCUGAUGUGGUCAUUGCAACACCAUCCAAAGCGCUCAACUAUCUGCAAAAUGCAUCGCUCGACCUCAAGUCCGGUAUGGAAUCGCUCGCGAUCGACGAAGCCGACCUGAUCCUUUCGUAUGGCCACGAUGCAGACGUCAAAUCGUUGCUCGGAGCUAACUUCCUGCCAAGCCACUUCCAGUCUUUCCUCAUGUCAGCGACAAUGACUUCGGACGUGUCAAAGCUCAAAGGUCUGCUCCUCAGGAACCCAGUCGUGCUGAAGCUCAAUCACGACGAUGAGGCAGCUUCAGGCUCGAAUCUGGUUCAAUUCUAUACAAAGACGACUGAAGAGGACAAGUUUCUGCUUGCUUAUGUCAUCUUGAAGCUCAAGCUGAUUCGAGGCAAGGCGAUCCUGUUUGUCAACGAGCUGGAGAGGGGUUACAGACUAAAGCUGUUCCUGGAAAAGUUCGGAUUGCGCGCCUGCGUGCUCAAUGCCGAGUUGCCGAUCAACUCGAGAUACAGCAUCGUGGAAGAGUUCAACAAAGGAAAGUUUGACUAUAUCGUUGCCACUGACGAGCCGACGGGUGCAAGUGGUAAUAUGCAGGAUGACGAGGGAGACGAUGAAGAGGAGGACGCAGACGAGCGAGAGGCAGACGAGGUUGAUGAGCAAGCCGAGGACCAACGCGAAGCGGGCAAGAAACGUAAAUCCUCUGAGCAUGCUGGAGCGGAAACAAAGAGCAACAAGUCCAAGGUAUCACAGCACCGCAAAGGCAAGAACGGCGCUUCCGAGUACGGCGUCUCUCGUGGUGUCGAUUUCAUCAACGUUUCCUGCGUUAUCAACUUUGACCUUCCGACGAGCGUGGACUCGUACAUUCACCGAGUAGGGCGUACAGCACGAGGUGGAGCUUCGGGUACAGCGCUCUCUUUCGUGGUGCCCUCGGACCAAGUGGGCCGUUCGAAGUACCUGUAUUGUGCCAGUACAACACGCGACGAGUCGGUGUUCAAAAUGCUCAACAAGCCUUCCACGAUCUCGCUGCUUGGCAGCGCACUUCAAGAGUGGAAGUACGACUCUUCGUCAGUCGCGGGCUUCCACUACCGUGUCACCGACACUCUGAAGAGCAUCACCAAGGCGCUUAUCCGAGAAGCACGCAUCAAAGAGCUCAAAAACGAGAUCCUGACUUCGUCGAAACUCCAGUCGCAUUUCGAAGAUCAUCCCGACGAUCUGGCGUUCUUGCAACACGACAAGGCUCUGCUUACAAGCCGUGCUCAACAGAGUCACCUCAAACACGUACCGCAGUACCUGGUACCAAAGAUUAUUAAUCCCGGUGCCAAGUUAACAAAGAGCUCGGGUAGCGAGUACAAGGGUUACGUUCCCAAGAACAAGAUCAAAGACGGUGCGAAUGAUAGGAAGAACAAGGGCGGCAAGCGUAGGAGCUCGACUGGUAAGAACACCACAGGCGCAGCUGGCAAGUCGAGGAAGAAGGUGGAUCCGUUGAGGAAAUUUUCCAACAAGUAG